CUGCUGCUGCGGGGACGAGGAUCGCUGGACGCGGACCAUGGCGGCGGCCACGAGCAGCAACACCUCCACGCUCCAGAUGAAGCACCCCAGCAUCGAGCAUACGCGGAAACGCAUCGACCCGCGGAGGAGGCAAGCGGCGCUGUCCUUUCUCAGCAACAUUUCCCUGGACGGUCGCCCCGUGCAGGACGAUGCGGACAACCACAGUGACGAUGAGAGCUCGCUGGAGCCGAGGACUAGACACAGCCUGGUUUCCCCGGAGCGCUCGGCGUACGGUGCGGCUGCCCCCGGAGCUGGAGCCGCUGCCGCGGCUGCUGCUGCCGCGGCGGCGGCGACCACAGCCGCCCAGGCGCUCGCCUUCGCAAACCAGGCUCUGCUCUCCGGCAGCCGGACCUGCUUCGGGACGGGUCCCGCAGCUGCCCCGGCGGCGGACGGGGAGGGCGACGCUUUCCUGCCCUCCUCCUCGGCGUUCAGCUCGCCCUUCUCCGGCGUCCCAGCCUCGGCCAGGGGGAGGCUGCAGACGUACACUCAGGGAAUCCUUCCUGCCUCCUACUCCAGACAGUCCUCCCAGAACUACUGCCUGGAGGGCGGACAGAUAGCCAACUCUGCCAUAGAGCUCCAGAGGUCGAGACGAAGACUAAUCUCUCAGCGCUCUUCGCUUGAAACACUAGAAGACAUUGAGGAGAAUGCUCCUCUACGCAGAUGCCGAACCCUAUCUGGUUCCCCUCGACCAAAGAGCUUCAAGAAAGUCCACUUCAUAAAGAACAUGAGGCAACACGAUAUGCGCAAUGGAAGGAUAGUCCUUAUCAGUGGCAGAAGAUCCCUCUAUAGUGUAUUUUCUGUCCUGCCCUAUCGAGAUUGUAGCCAAGCAGGGGAUGUAAAGCUGGAAGGGGGGCGUCAGCGGCACCCGUCAGGAAGUGUCAGUGCCAAGGAGAUGGUGAUUGGACUGGAGGGGGUGGAGUUAGGAGCAGAUGGAAAGACUGUGUCCUACACCCAGUUGCUGUAUCCCACCAAUGCGCUGGGCGGUCGAAGAAACACCAUCGACUCCACCUCCUCCUUCUCUCAGUCUCGUAACGCCAGCCACCGCAGCCUCAGCUUGGGCCGAGCCAACAGCAACCAGAGCAGCAUAGACACAGGGAAUGAUUUGGCCGAAUUCCGCGAGUACGACCCCAAUCUGCUGGAUGACCCUCAGUGGCCGUGUGGAAAACACAAGCGAGUCCUCAUCUUCCCCUCGUACAUGACCACGGUCAUCGAAUACGUCAAACCGUCUGACCUCAAGAAGGACAUGAACGAAACCUUCAAGGAGAAAUUCCCCCACAUUAGGCUCACGCUCAGCAAGAUAAGGAGCUUGAAGAGGGAGAUAAAGAAGCUGGCCCUGGAUGAGUGUGGUUACGAGGAGCCCACGGUGGCCAUGGCUUUCGUCUACUUUGAAAAACUCGUUCUUCAAGGCAAACUCAACAAGCAGAACCGUAAACUGUGUGCAGGAGCUUGUGUCCUUCUGGCGGCGAAGAUCGGUGGUGAUCUCAAGAAACAUGAAGUCAAACACUUGAUAGACAAACUGGAGGAGAGGUUCCGGGUGAACCGCCGGGAGCUGAUCGCCUUCGAGUUCCCUGUCCUGGUGGCGCUGGAGUUCAACCUGCACCUGCCCGAACAGGAGGUCAUGCCCCACUACAGACGCCUGCUGCAGACCACCUAGCAUUGGUGACCCAUCAGGAGGACGACCACCAUGUUCUCCUGAUCCACAUCCCUCGGUAUCCCUCCUCUCACCUUCCUCCUCCUCCUCCUCCUCCUCCUCCUCCUCCUCCUCAAGGUUGUCACUCAACUGCGGCAGGUCCUCGCUUUGACAACCCUCUCCUUCAUCUCAGAGACCUGGAAUCAGCCAAAGGGACACGCAUUUUUAAAGAGACUUUUUUCCAUUUAUCGACUUCUACAUUCAUAAUCACUACAUGGACUUGUGGAAGAUAGAGUUCAAUCGUAGCUGUUUUUCUAGUUUGACAUCUCUUCAUCUUCACUUUGUGUAUUUUAGACUUCUCUUGUUGCUCCAGAGAGCUGCUUUUCAUUUGAAUCUUGAAUUUUUCUCUCACAGUUAAAGCAACCAAUGAUUGUAGGUAUUUUUUUUUAUCAUCUCUCGUCAUUUAUCUCCUUGUAGACUUUGGUAGGAUCGGUUGCCUCCUGAGCUGCAUCAAACCUGAACCAGAGCCUUUCAAGUGGCUGGUUUGGGCUGGACUGUUAUUCCUCAGAGAUUGUUUUUGCAAGUCAUCGUCUUAAAAGUGCACUUUUUGAAAAACUGCAAAUCGGAGGCCCAACGGGGACAUGAUAUUUUUUUCAGACUUUUAAUGAGCUCGGGAACUAACCUUGAGAAAUGGUUCUCGAGCGCCACACGCGUCAUUCCGCCUUUGAUUCGUUCCUCCAUCUUGUGUUGUAUUCAAUAUUUCUCAAGCCACAAGUAUCCACAUGAUUGUUGAGAUGGGACUUCUCCUCUUUUCCACUCAUUUUCUACCAGUCAGACACUUGCCCCGGGCUCACAGAGACCAGACCCACUUUGAUCAGUGUCCAAUUUCCCGUGCUCUAUGUUAGAGUGUAUCGUGAGCACGUUUACGGUGCUACACUGGGGUCGAGACGAGUGGUUCCCGAGUGCAAACCAUCAACCAGUGUCGAGGAUCGGCAGCAGGGCGCUCUCGUGUGGAGAGAGAAUGUCCUUAACCUUGUGGAUGCGGGUUAAGACCCUGUGCCGGUGAUCCUGCUGAAGGGUCCUUGAGCAAGACACCGAGUAGCUCCAGGCUUUAGGGACACUGCUCGUUGCCUGACCUCUGAGGAGGAGACAAAACGAAACGAGACCCUGAUGAGGAUCAAUCAUUUGCAUAGAAUGUUGAAAAAUUGAUUGUUGUUUAGGAAAAUAAACACAGAAAUUUAGGGGGGAAAUUGUGCCAAUAUGACCAAUUUAAAAAGUAUUAUUCCAUUUACUUGGCAUGUAUCUCAACUUGAUUGCUUUUUUAUUUCCUUGAAAUCUUCACACAAAACCACAGAGUAUUGAGCAGCCACCAGAUCAGGAACAUACAGUCGACCUCCUGGUGUUUACCGCUGAUAUUUGAAGGUAUUUGAGCUGAAAUGAUCACAAAACCAAAUUUUGUAGAGAUGAACGCAUGGAUUGUGCUGAUUGAAGGUGGGAAAACUAUACCAAGUUUCUUUCUGAUUGCAAGCCCAAAGAUUUCGCUGUAAGAUGCACUCUGACUCUGUGAGGAGACACUCACGGGCGACACUCACUACCUGUGUAUGUUUGUAAAUAAACUGCUUUGCUUGUUCAAUCAAACAUAA